GGCUGGUUCGGAGCAGGGCUGGGGUUACCCUGACAUUUCUGGGACCGCGGCCAGCCAAGCAGGGAAAGGAAAGAAAAGACGAGUCUUUUACAAUUUGCUUUUGUCCAAGUGUGGAGAAAGGGGAAAGGGAAGCGUCCUCUGGUGUGCGUUGGUUUUUUUUUAGCAUCACAUUCCUGGGUUUUUCUUCAGCCUGGAAAAUAUAUUAGUGCUGGUGCUUUCCUCUCUGGAAACAAAGGAGCUAAACGGGACUGAGGAAGUAAGGAGUGGGAAGGAGGCUCGGGAAUUUUAAAAGAGAGCCUCGGAGCGGUUGGGAGUUCCCUUUCCUUAAAUGAAACCCCUGCCUGUGUGGGUAACCGGUACAGCAAAAAGCCAGACCUGCAGGUAAAUGGAGAAGCAGAGCUCCCCAAGGAAAUUUCCGCUAACCUCAUCCCACUUGUCACGGAGCUGAAGAAGAAGAAAGAAACUGAAAAGACGUACGAGGAGGCAGGCUCUGGGAUCUCUUGGGCUGCGUCAAGUUAAAUCGCCGGGCAGCAGCACAUCUGUAUGGCACUGGUCUCCUUUUGAAGGAAAAAGACGUGAAACCUCAGCUCUGGAAGGGGAGCUUCCCUGAGAGCAUUGCACAAUGAACUGGAGGCCAGCUCUCAGCUUAGCCCUGCUGUGGGCAGCGUGGCUAGCGUGUGGCUCUGAAAAAACAGAGAGGCUAGCAGAGAGAGUGAGCCAUGGAGUUAGGAAAGUGCCCCUGGCUUACAGGGCUCCAAGCAACCUCCUAAGAAGGUCUGGAGAAUCCCUGAAGAGUUCGAGCCCAAAUCUACAACACCCUGUCACCAAGAGGGAUUCUUCAGCACCUCCAGAGGCGCCUGCCAACAUCCUGCAAAGGGAGGCACGCUCCCAGGCCAGGGGCACAGGGACCAGAAUGAGACGAGUACAGAGACUCACAGCUGCAGCCAAAUACUCCAAGUCCGAAAUGAUUAAAGAUGAAGGGGUGUCUUCUGCCUCACAGUCACGAGUGGUACGCUUCCCUUCAGGAUCAAGUUCACCCAAUGUCCUGGCCAGCUUUGCUGGGAAAAAUCGGGUAUGGGUCAUUUCUGCCCCCCAUGCCUCUGAGGGUUAUUACCGGCUGAUGAUGAGCCUGCUGAAAAACGAUGUUUACUGUGAACUCGCCGAGAGGCACAUCCAGCAGAUUGUGUUGUUCCACGAAGAAGGGGAAGAAGGAGGGAAAGUCAGAAGGAUAACCAACGAAGGAAAAAUCCUGGAGCAGCCACUAGAUCCUGCCCUCAUCCCUAAGCUCAUGAGCUUUCUGAAACUGGAGAAGGGGAAAUUUGGCAUGGUGCUGCUGAAGAAAACUCUGCAGGUGGAGGAAAGGUAUCCUUACCCUGUCAGGCUAGAGGCCAUGUAUGAAGUCAUUGAUCAAAGCCCCAUUAGAAAAAUUGAGAAGAUGAGGCAGAAAGGCUUCAUCCAGACUUGCAAAGCAGCUGGGGUGGAGGGACAAGUGGUUGAAGAAGGCAAUAACGGGGGCAGCACCCAGCCUACCCCUGGUGGUGCGCAUGUCCAGAUAUCAACAAGGAAGGAGGAGCCCAGGAAGAGUAAUAAUCAGCCAACAAGGACCAAAGCAGUGAGGAAACCAAUGACAACCACAGUAACCACUCCUCUACCUACAGUAAGGACUACUACCUUCCCUCCCACCUCCACAGCUACCCAUGCCAACACCCGUGCAGCGACAACAGCGAUCCGGUCCACCACAACAACCACACUCCUCCCUACCACACAGAGAACCUGGACCACAAAGUCACAUUCUACCACAGAAUACCACAGGCUGCCAGUAGCCCCUGAUGCCACCACUCCGCGAGUCACAGCUUCCGAGGAUUUCUAUUCUCCUGCGUGGAAGGCAAACCGCAGGGACAGGCAGCGCAGCCACCUGGAGAAACACGCAGUGGCCACACGGAGACCAAGCCUGGCUGCACACUAUGACAGCUUCACAGCGGUCCCAACAGCUCCCUCGGUGCGCUAUACAAAGGCAAAUGGGGGUAGGUUUAAAGAUAACAGAACUGACAGAAAGGACUAUAGCCACAGAGACCUGAAUGUCACACCAGGGCAACACAAACCAACUAAGGCUAAACCACCAAAAAAGAAGGCCCAGGAAAAGGUACUGAGCAAUGAAUAUGAAGAUAAAUAUGACCCCAGCAAGCCUGCCAGUUCCCAUUUAGAGGAAGAGUUUGCAGCAAGAAAUAUUCCUCCAAAGAAAGGAAAAGAAUCAAAGAAGCAUGAGAGAGUAGAUAAACCUGAGAAGAAGAAGAAGAAGGACAGACCUGACAAGUUGCAGAAGAGUGAGAAGCACUCCAAGAAGGACAAAGCUGAGAAAAAGAGCAAGCAGGACAAAGAUCGUAGCAAGAAGAACAAGAAGGGGAGCAGAACUGAGAAUGAGGAUUUCCCUAAGCCAAAUAAGAAGCCUUUCCUACAGCCUCCCAGGAAGUUGGUGACUGACCUCCUGGAGUACUUUGAAGGCAAAAGGAGACUCAUUCUGAUCACAACCCCCAAGGCGGACAACAACAUGUAUGUACAGCAGCGAGAUGAGUAUCUGGAGAGUUUCUGCAAGAUGGCCACCAGGAAGAUAUCAGUCAUUACAAUUUUUGGCACCAUGAACAACAGCAGCAUGAAAAUCGACCACUUCCAGCUAGAUAAUGAAAAGCCCAUGAAAGUGAUAGAGGACGAAGACCUUGUGGAUCAGCAGCUCAUCAGUGAGUUGAGGAAAGAGUAUGGGAUGACCUACAAUGACUUCUUCAUGGUGCUUACAGACACGGACAUGAAGGUCAAGCAAUACUAUGAAGUGCCCAUAGCUAUGAAGUCUGUGUUUGAUUUGAUCGACACCUUCCAGUCACGCAUUAAAGACAUGGAAAGACAGAAAAAAGAAGGCAUUGUCUGCAAAGAAGAUAAGAAGCAAUCCCUUGAGAGCUUCUUAUCAAGGUUCCGUUGGAGAAGGCGGUUGGUGGUGAUCUCUGCUCCCAGUGAUGAGGACUGGGCUUAUUCUCAGCAGCUUGCUGCUCUCAGUGGACAAGCCUGCAAUUUUGGUCUGCGCCAUAUAACUAUCCUCAAAUUGCUAGGACUUGGAGAAGAUAUUGGAGGUGUCUUAGAGUUGUAUCCAAUUAAUGGAAGCUCUACUGUAGACCGAGAAGAUAUCCCAGCUCAUUUGGUGAAAGAUAUCAGAAACUAUUUCCAAAUCAGCCCAGAAUAUUUCUCCAUGCUUCUGGUUGGGAAAGAUGGAAAUGUCAAAUCCUGGUAUCCCUCUCCAAUGUGGUCUAUGGCGAUUGUGUAUGAUCUGAUCGACUCCAUGCAGCUUCGGCGACAGGAAAUGACAAUUCAGCAAUCUCUUGGCAUGCAGUGCCCAGAUGAUGAGUACGGUGGGUAUGGGUACCAUAGCUAUCACCAAGGAUACCAGGAAGGUUACCAAGAUGACUACCGUCACCAUGGAAGUUACCACCAUGGAUAUCCAUAUUGAAAUGAGCAACUUAGCCUCCAACUGCCCUGUGUCUGUCUUCUCAUAGCUAUCCAAGCAAUAGGUGGCCAGUUGCAGAAAGUCUCCCUGGGCCACCAUCCAUGCCUCGUUCUUCCACUGUUCAAUCAAGGAACUUUGGUCACUUGCCUUCUUAAAAACACAGAAGCCUUUACAGUGAAGCAGUUCAAACCUGUAGUAUUGAAGCUUUAAACAAUAAAGACUCCUUCAUAUUUUUAAACUUUUAUAAACAAAGGGCACCAGCAAGUGCUGUUUGCAUUAAAACCAAUCAACCAACCAACCAAAAAAUCCCCAAACCCACAGUCCCAGUCCAUGGACACUGCUGUGGGGCAGGACACAAACUGUCCCACAAAUAUUGCAAUGCUCUUCUUAGUAUUUUUUUUUCUAAGGAGAAAAAAGAAAAAGAAAUAUAUUUAUUGGAAAGUGAGAUUGCAUUGUGCUCAUGAAGAGAUGCAAAUAAUCACACUUCAAGACUAACCCAGGAAAGGAAAAUUUAAGAAAGAAGCAUGGUGCAGGCUCUUUAAUAGUAACAGCAAUAAUAACAAAAUCCUUUUGAAGUACCUUGUCUAAAAAGACAGCUUCCAUUCUCAGUGCAUUAACGUUGUAAUUAGCAAACUCUGUCAAUGAAAAUAAGAAUUUAUGGCUAUGGCAAGAUUUGUUCCAAUAAAAUACAGUGUAAAGUUCUUAACUACAAA